GGUGUGUACCCUUAUGUUGCCCAGCCCAGCUAAACGUUUUGGGGAAGGGCCGUUCAGCCCCCUCGGUCCUCUCAUUGGCUCCCACUCAAGUAGCUUCUCCUUCACGUCUUUUUGGGCUGUCGACGACGAAGUUUGUUCCAACACAGAAACGUGGCCACAAGUUGUUAAAACUACCUGGUGGAGACUUUUCCCCCUUAUCAAAUUAUAUUUGUUAGCCUGACUGUUAUCAAAAGGAAGAGUUUUAAAGUUGUCUUGUGAGAAAGAGACGAAAAGGGAACGUGCAGAGAAACCAACACCAGGACCACUGGAAACGUUACUCCUCUGUUGGACCGUGCUGUCAGCAUGAUUGAGAAACCUCCACUGGACAGCAACGGGGAGGAGGACAGAGCCUGGCUCAGUGAGGGUCAGUCUGAAACUCAGCUUACAACUGUGCACAAUCCAGAUGGAGUUGAGACACCUGAUGAAGAUCGGCCAGCGUGGGACUCCAAGAUCCAGUACGUGCUAGCCCAGGUGGGAUUCAGUGUGGGCUUAGGAAAUGUGUGGAGGUUCCCAUACCUUUGCCACCAAAAUGGAGGAGGGGCCUUCAUGCUGCUGUAUGUUUUUCUUUUACUGAUUGUGGGAGUUCCACUGUUUUUUAUGGAGCUGGCAGCUGGCCAGAGCAUUCGCCAGGGCAGCAUUGGUGUUUGGAAGCACAUCUCCCCAAAACUGGCAGGAAUCGGCUACUCCAGCUGCAUGGUCUGUUUUUACGUGGCUCUGUACUACAAUGUUAUCAUUGCAUGGAGCCUGUUCUACCUGGGUAAUUCUUUUCAGUAUCCUCUGCCGUGGGAGCAUUGUCCAAUUGAUGUAGCCACUAAUAACACAGUAAAAGAAUGUGCGGAUUCUUCCCCGACAUCAUAUUUCUGGUUUCGGAAAGCACUUCAGAUCACAAAUUCAAUCGAAGAGUCCGGGGAGUUUAAUCCAAUCAUGACGGGCUGUUUAUUGGCUGCUUGGGCAAUUGUCUCUCUGGCUAUGAUCAAGGGCAUCAAGUCUUCUGCAAAGGUGAUGUACUUUUCCUCAGUCUUUCCCUACGUGGUGCUCUUUAUUUUCCUCAUCAGAGGGUUGAUGUUGGAUGGUGCAAUGGAUGGAAUCACCUAUAUGUUUUAUCCUAAACUGGAAAUCUGGGGUAAUGUGCAGGUGUGGCGGCAGGCUGCGACACAAGUGUUUUUUGCCCUCGGACUGGGCUAUGGCUCUGUUAUUGCAUAUUCCUCCUACAAUCCGGUCAACAACAACUGUCACAGGGAUGCGCUGAUGGUCUCUUGCAUCAACUUCAUGACGUCCGUGCUGGCUUCACUCGUGGUUUUUGUUGUGCUGGGUUUCCGUGCCAAGAGCAUAGCACUACGCUGUGUGGCUAAAAAUCUUGGUCUUCUAAACCUUAUGACGUCCGAUGAUUUGCUUCAUCCUGGUUUUCCUUGGAUCAACACGACAAAUCCAAACUCUGUGUCUAUAACUGAAUACAGGGAGUGGUACAGUCACUACAGCUCCAUGGUGGGCCCUAACAUCACUGACUGCAGCUUGGAGGAGGAGAUGAAUAAGGGUGUUGAAGGGACAGGUCUGGCAUUCAUAGCAUUCACUGAGGUGAUGGCCCUUUUCCCUGCCAGCCCGUUCUGGUCCACAUUGUUUUUCCUAAUGUUGCUCAACCUGGGCCUCAGCACCAUGUUUGGGACGAUGCAGGGAAUCCUCACACCUCUCAUGGACAAUUUUAGCCUCCUUGGGCGCCACCGGACCCUACUCACAGUGUCCAGCUGUGUUUUGGGGUUUUUGUUGGGACUGUUGUUCACCCAGUGCUCAGGAAACUAUUUUGUGGCUAUGUUUGAUGACUACUCUGCAACUCUACCAUUAGUCAUUGUAGUUAUCUUUGAAACCAUUAGUGUGGCGUGGGUUUAUGGAACAGAUCGCUUCCUGGAUGACAUUGAAGUCAUGCUCAAAUGGCGCCCUCCAGUGAUUUACAAAUAUCUUUGGAAAUAUGUGUGUCUACUGGCAAUGGUUGGCCUCAUGCUUGCCAGUUUGUUGCGCAUGGUCCUAAAAGGGCCCACAUACACAGCCUGGAAUCAAAACACAGCCUCUGAAAUGACUCUCGAGUACCCAGGCUGGGCCCUCGCUAUGAUUGUCAUGCUCAUAGUCUUUGCCAGCUUGCCUGUGCCUAUUGGCUACAUCCAUUCCAUGUUGAAAAACCGCAGGGUCCUUAACACUCACUCUGAGGAGGUACGCUGCCAGGAGUUGCACCGUGAGUUGUACACCAAGUGCAGCUCCAAUGAGCAGCUGGAUUCCAACUCCCACCACCUCGUGCCUUCUGAGGAAGACGAGGCUCGUCCCAGGACUGCCUUCCUGCCAUUGGGCAAUGAACACUACCGGCUUCUGCCCCAGCAGGAGGAAGAAGAUGAGGAAGAUACGGGAGUGUGAACAUGGCGGUGCAAGGGUUAGUUUAUGAAACGAUGAAGUGUUUAAACAUUGAACCUUAAGACCUGCAAGAGAGAUUGCUAAGCAAAUAGAAUUAUCCAUGGACGAGUCUUUGGGUUGAACCCAUUUAGAAUAUUUAGCUAGUCCUACAUCGUCAGCAAGCUAUUUUAACUCUAUUUAUAUUAUUGAAGGUGCAUGACCAGUCAGAUCAAAAGGUUUUUAGAUUCUAUUCUUAUGUAACUUCAACUCCUCUUUAUACCUCCAUCCAUUCAUUUUUCUGAACCACUCAAACUGUUCAGGAAAUAAAAACACUCGCACAUACACAAAAAGGAAUAAGCUGCUAUGUUUGGUGAAACAAAGCUGGUGAACUCUCAGUGAGGCAGCAACAAAAUAAUAGGCUUUAUUUUGUAUUUUUUAGCUAAAUGUAUAAAGUAUAGAUUUGUAGGAAAACAUUCUACCUUAAGGAACUGUGUUUGUGGGUGUGUGCGUGUGUGAACAUUUGUUUAUUCUGUUAUGCGUGAAAUGACAGAUGUUAAUAUGUCAGUUAAAUGUCUUUAUUUUACGUUAUAUUUGUAUAAUUUUACCUCAUUUUACCUCACAAGACCACAGCAAUGUUUUUAUGUGUGUUCAGUGUAGUAAAAUUGUAUAGAUGAGGACUUAAAUAAACCUCUAGAUGGCA